CAUCGAUCCUCUGUAAACACAUCCUCACGCCAUCCUUCCCGGAUCAUCUUUCCCCUUAAGCGCUCUCUUUUCCAUCAAAUCCGGAUUCGCCGACCAACGCCGACAGCUAAUCAGUCUUCGCUUUUUCUACAUCUCAACACUUUGUCCGCAUCAUCACCUCCUUUGGCAGUUGUUAGAGGCUCACAAUCCAAAGCAGACGCAUCAAAACCCUGUUUUACUGUCACCCGUUAUAUCUCUCAGGACGCAGAGCCAAGAUUUCUCGCUGAACUACCUCGAAGAGACUUCUACAACUAUCGUAGCGGAUCAGACAAAGUAGACCUCUUUCGCAGCGCGUCUUUGCAACUGCCGCCUCGCUUGCUUAUACCACCAAAAGCGAACACGUUGUGAUCAUCAGCGAGCACCAGAAGAUCAAAAUGCAAAACGUGAAUAUCCCGGCGGAUUCAGUGCCGCAAGGCCUGAAGCAUAUCGAGCAAAUCCUCAAGAGAGCAAAGGAACUCAAACAAGCCGAGCCCAUCGUCUCUUAUUGGUGCUCUUUCUCUGCUGCUCAGAAGGCUUUGAAGGUGCAAAACAGAACCAAAGAAGACACCCUAUUUCUCAUGUCCCUUAUUGAUGCAUUGGAGCAAAUGAAAGUCAUCAUGGGAAAUAAUGAAGCGAUCCAUAGUGAGGCAGCCGGUGCCGCAUACAUUGAAAACUUUGCUCUCAAGGUCUUCAUGUCUGCUGAUAAUGAUGACCGCGCUGGUAACACCGGAAAAGCGACAAUAAGGAAGUUCGUUGUGGCCGGGCAAUUUAUUGAAGUUCUCCGUUGUUUUGAGCAUGGUAUGACAGAAGAGAUGGAGCAAAAACUGCAGUACGCGCGAUGGAAGGCCGCGGACGGCGCAAAAGCGCUACGAGAAGGAAGGGCACCGAAACCCGGACCACCAAUUACGGAGGACGAGGCUCUCCUUCCUGUUCCACCAACUGGUUCGCCAGAUGGGUUGUCCCAAGGUAUCCAGUCACCAAAUGCGCUCGGCGGAUCUCGAAAUGGCUCCUUCUCGUCCACUGUCCGCCCAACAAUUCCUUCACCACCCGCCAUGUCACCUCGCACCUCACCGUCUCUAAGCCCUGGAAAAAAUAUCAAUGUCAACGUGCCCCCCCUCGAUGCCCAUACGGCUGAUAACUUAGGCACAACGAGAAGUCAAAAUAGCGGGUCUGGAGCUUGGAGCACAGUGGCCACUCCUGGUUUACCUGACGAUGAGAAUUCCCAGAUCCACUUUGAUCUCAGCAGGACCGAGGUCCCUUCGUCGGAUGUAUUGGGCACACCUCCUGAGGAAAGGUCUCCUUCUGGCGAGAGGAAAAAUGUGAGAUUUACGGGUCCCGAUGGAGCGCCUCUUUCUCCAGCUUCGACAUACAACACUAUCUCGUCAUACGAUGCCCCUCCGCCACCACCACCCACUUAUAUUUCCUCCCCUGUGGCAUCUUCGAAAUCGAUCCCGUCUGCGUCUUCGGUUCCAGUAGCGGAUAACCCACCCGAAGGUCGUCCAAGGGGUGACUCGUCAGCUUCAGCACGUUCUAACGAUCGUCACAAUCAACCAGCGACGCACAUUCCGGAUGUCAGUGCGCGUGGGGCUGAAUCUGCUACCACCAUUCCCAAACCCAAGGCUGCCCCUACUUCCAGCUCCGGCCUUCGCACCUCCGCUGUUCCUUCGUCGAUCAAUGUACCACCUGCUCCCCCCCCCUCUCUUGCAUCUGCCCCGUCCCUCCCCCCGCCUCUCCAUCCUCAGUCUCAUGGUUUAGGCUUAACAUCUCCGCCCAUAUCGCUAACACCUGCACCCAAAAGUCUGAGCAGGAGAGAUGUCGAGCAGACACAGAAACACGCAAAAUGGGCGAUCAGUGCGUUGGAUUUUGAUGAUUACGAGACCGCAAAAAGUGAAUUGAGGAAAGCUUUAAAUUUGCUAGGCGGAUAAAACGCGAGGCUAGGCGGUUCGCGCGCUCAAUAUACUGAUGCGCACGUGUGGGUAAGAGUAGAGAAUUUAUCCAUUGCUGUUUCCUUUGGAGCGAUAGAUGUGGAUGUUGUUAGCUUCUCAAUUAACGAUUAUAAAAUGACGUUGACCAUGAAUUUCUCGACCGAAUUGUCCCUCCACUUCCUUUUAUAUCUGCUACCACCCAUUUCAAACCCGAAAUGGCCGGAGGAUAGUUAUGAGUCCUGCGAAUUUAGAGUCCUAUUAUGAGAUGCAUAUGUGACACUAG